AUGCUGUUGCAAAUGAAGAGAAAAAUGAAGACAGGAAAUUUUGAAAUGGUCACCAUGCUGCUGUCAGCUAUGAUUCUAAUGAAUAUCUUCCAGGUAAAGGCUAAUAUGUUAGACAUGGCAGAUAAUGCAUUUGAUGAUGAAUACCAGAAAUGUACUGAGAGGAUGGAAGUCAAAUUUGUUCCCCAACUGCUCAAGGAAGAAAAAGCAAGCCAUCAGCUCUUUGAAGAUGUGUGGGAAAAUGCAAAAACUAAAUGGGAAGCUCAGAAGACUCAGCUCUCUCUCCCUAUGACUUUUAAGGAUAACCAUGGAAUAGCCCUGAUGGCAUAUAUUUCUGAAGCUCAAGAGCAAACUUCCUUUUACCAUCUGUUCAAUAAAGCUGUGAAGAUGGCUGGCCAAUCUCGAAAAGAUUAUAUCUAUGGCUUCCAAUUCAAAGCUUUUCAUUUUUACCUGACCAAAGCCCUGCAAUUGCUGAGAAGACAUUGUGAGGAUAGCUACAAAGAUGUGGUGUAUAGCACAAUCCAGGGUACUUCAUUUACCUUUGAAGGGCUAAACCAAGCCAGAUUUGGCCAUUUCACCUUGGCACAUUCAGCCAAACCUCAAGCAGCAAGUGACGAACACAUUCUGUUAACCAUUCACACAUGCUUUGGGGUUGCCAUUGGAAAAUUUUUUGAUAAAGAAAACGAAAGUGGAAGAAUCAUUAUAAUACCUCUGAAUGAGAUUUUUCAUGUGUCACAGGAUGGGACUAGCAAUAAUCUUAUCCUUCGAAGCACAAAUAAGACCUGCAGCCAUUAUGAGUGUGCAUUUCUAGGAGGACUAAAAAUGGCAAAUUGUGUUGAGAACACAGAAUAUUCUCUACCCAUCUUUGUUGCCAGCCCUGGAAUGAAGAGCCAUGAACCCAUCCAAAUGCCUGUGAAAAUUUUAGAGCCUUUUCCAUUACCUGAAUAUAAAAGUCAAGAAGACAUCAAUAAACCUACGCCAGCGCCAGUGCCAGCUCCAGCUCCACGUCCCAAAACCCAUCCCUCUGCAUCCUCUGGCAAAAUGCUCCUUCCACGAUUUGGGGCAAUCAUCAUUUUAAUCAGCGCUUCUUCUAUAUAUCUCUUUGUUAGUCUGUAG